UAACUCUUAUUCCAGGUGCCUAUUGCGUUUGUAUCGCUACCGCUCUCCUACAAACCAGCGGUCUCAUUCCUUCACCAUCGAUUGUUACUGACGAAGAUGGUAACUUGACUUGGGAGGAGCAGCAUCUGGACAUGAUUCGGAAAUGGGCUACUGCUGCCGAGUCCCUGAUUCACGGACGUGCAUCCGGUCUUGAUGCGGCCGUUUGCACUUACGGUGGUGUUGCCAGUUUCAAGCCCGGUACUCGAAUCGAACAUUUGAAAAAUCUAUUAACAGGCGGUAUGUCCGUCUCGUCUGCCCUUCUUCGAUGUCUCGGAUCAACCAGACCAUUGGCGAAGUACAAGGCAUCAUUGUACUACCAAGAUGAAAUGGAACGAAUUGAAGAUCGCCUACUGGAUCUGUACCUUUGA